CUGCCUGCAGCCAGCCACCGUUGUCCGUUCCCUCCCGCGAUCCACUCCUCUCGAGCUCUAGGGGACGGAAGGAAUCCGGCGGGGGUGGGGUGCGAGCAGGGGGAGGGAGAAGAGCAGCCGCCCGCCCCGCGAGGGGGCAACAGCUGCCCAAGAACCUGACCGGAAGAGUUGUGGGAGCGGCGGCGGAAAGAUGGGGCAGGCCCUGCGCAGGCUCUUCGACUCCUUCUUCUCCACCAGGGAGAUGAGGGUUGUGAUGCUUGGUCUGGAUGCAGCUGGUAAAACAACAAUACUGUACAGGCUUCACAUGGGAGAGGUUCUUUCAACAGUCCCUACAGUCGGUUUUAAUGUCGAGAAGGUUCAGUAUAAGAAUGUGGCAUUCACUGUGUGGGAUGUGGGUGGGCAAGAAAAACUCAGGUCACUGUGGAAGAUGUACCUGAGUAAUUCUGAUGCACUGAUCUAUGUCGUUGAUUCUCUGGACAGAGAAAGGAUCAGAGACGCGAGGCAAGAGUUCCAGACCAUUAUCAAGGACCCUUUGAUGGCAAACAGCAUAAUCUUGGUAUUUGCAAACAAACAGGACCUGAGAGGCACGAUGAGCACGGACGAGGUCAGCGAAGGGCUGGGGCUGCACGACCUCAGGAACAGGAUCUGGCACAUACAGGGGACCUGCGCGCUCCGCGGCGAGGGCCUCUACGACGGGCUCGACUGGCUUGCGUCCACCCUGAAGCAGCUGCAAGAAUCGGGCCACGCGACUUCGGUCGCUGGCCCUUCCAUCUGAUCCAGCGCAAGUGAGCUCAGUGCCUCAGCCAACUGACAGCAAGCCCACAAGAAUAUGCUCCAGCGCGAGCGCAUUCCUUUGGUGGGUGUGGCUGCCCGCUGGUGGUGGUGGAGUUCCUUCGGUCGGUGUUGCCGUGUUGGUAUCAUAUGAGCCAGUUGUUCAUCCGGCAGGGACUCGCGUACUUUUUUUUCUCUCCUGAGAUUGUUUGUAAAUUGUUGAACGGAUGCAAUGCCGGCGAUGUUGAUCUUG